AUGCAUGGCAAGGGAACACUUGUCUACCCUAAUGGCGAGAAGUACGAAGGAGACUGGCAAUGGGGCAAGCGCCAUGGCUUCGGGCGAAUGCUCUUCCCUGAUGGGUCGCGAUACACAGGAGACUGGGUGGACGAUCGCGUGCAUGGUCAAGGAGAGCACAUCUAUGCCAACGGGAAUCGAUACAAGGGAGAGUGGGUGGACGGGAGCAUCACUGGAGUUGGCGUCUUGACCUUCGCUGACGGCGAGAGGUACGAGGGCGAGCUGCGAGAUGGCCGCAUGCAGGGACGCGGCACGUACGUCUACGUGAACGGAGAUCGGUAUGAGGGAGAGUGGAAGGACGACAGGAGGCACGGCCAGGGAACGGUCGUGUACAUGUCGGCUGAGGGCAAGGUGGUGGAGAAGUACGAAGGAUCUUGGAACAUGGGCAAGAUGCACGGGUGGGGUAAGUAUCUCUACGCCGACGGUGGAGUCUAUGAAGGAGAGUGGGUGGACGGAAAGAUGCAUGGAAGGGGAACAUACGUGUUUGCCAACAAGAACAGGUACGAGGGCGAGUGGGUGGCAGACGUCAAGGAGGGAUACGGAGUUCUCAUCUAUGUCAAUGGCGAGAAGUACGAAGGCUCCUGGAAGAAUGACAAGUCGCCCUGGAGCAACCCCGAGCUGUGA